AUGCGCUACACCAACCUUCUACUCCUCGCCACCACAGCCGGUACCAUGGCAGCCGGCCUCGAGAACCGUGGUCUCCUGGCGUGCGUUGAUGCCGUCAAGGAGCACAGAUCCGUCACCACGGACCUUCCCACUUUAUCCGCAACAGGCGUCGACAAGGACGACAUCCCGACCAUCACGAAUGCUUGCGAGCUGCCCACUCUCACAGGUGCGCCCGGCUCUAUCUUGACCUCGUUCACCUCCGAGGUGAAGUCUUGGACGAGCGCUCACAGCAGCGAGCUCGGCGCUGUCUGGUCUGCUUGCAAGGACGAGGACUUUGUCGGCAAGAUCACUUCUCUUGCUGAGAGCUACGGCCCGGUCUGCUCCGCUGUGGUGGAUUUCAGUCGGGCUCUUGACGGUACUACGAUGAUUGCGACUACGACUGCUGCCGGUACUGCGGCUACUGAGACUGGAGCCGCGGCUACUGGUACCGGAGGAGCGGCUACUGCUGGGACCAGUGCGCCUAAUGCGGCUCCGCGAGAGACUGGUAUGGUUAUGGUCGCCGUUGCGGCUGCUGGUGUUGCCUUUGCUGCCAUGAACUAG